AUGCUUGAGUACCAAUUAAAACAAGACCCAAAUAAUAUUAAAACAUUAUCAUGGUUAGGGCAUUGUGCAUUUCAUGCUGGUGAGUAUAAAAAAGCAUCAAAAAUUUAUGAAAUUAUUUUAAAACAUGAAAAAGCACCACCUGGAACAGAGGUACAUUUAGGAUGUGCAUAUUUUUUUUUAGGUAUGCAUAAUGAGGCUAAAGAAAUUGCUGAAAAAGGUGAAAAAAGUGAUUUACAAAAUAGAUUAUUAUUUCAUGUUUCUCAUAAAUUAGGUGAAGAAAAAAAAUUAAUGUUUCAUCAUAGUAAAUUAAAAGAUACCAUUGAAGAUCAGUUAUGUUUGGCAUCAAUGCAUUACCUUAGAAUGCACUAUCAAGAAGCUAUUGAUAUUUAUAAAAAAAUUAUCUUAAGCAAUAAAAAUUUUGUUGCUUUAAAUAUAUUUUUAGCAUUAUGUUACUAUAAAUUAGACUAUUAUGAUAUCUCUCUUCAAGUUCUUCAAAUAUAUCUUCAGGCACAUCCUGAUAGUGUUACGGCAAUCAAUUUGGCUGCAGCAAAUAAAUAUAGACUUCAUACACCUGAAUCAGCACAAAAUGAAAUAAGACCUAUCUUACAUUUACUAAAUUCUGAAACAUUUUUUGGUAAAGAUUUAUUAAAACAUAAUAAUGUUGUAUUUAAAAGAGGGCAGGGUGCAUUACAAGUAUUACCAUCUUUAAUAGAUACAAUACCAGAAGCAAAAAUAAAUAUUAUAAUUUUUCAUUUAAAACGUGAUGAUAUCUCUGCAGCAUAUGAUAUUAUAAAAAAUUUAGAGCCACAGGUUGCUCAGGAAUAUAUCUUAAAAGCUAUAACAUUUACAUUAAUAGGAUAUGAAAAUAAAUCAUCUGAACAUAUUAAUGAAGCAAUAGAAUUAUUUAAUUUAGUUGGUGAAAGUCAAACAGAAUGUGAUACAAUAUCAGGAAGGCAAUGUAUGGCAUCAUCAAAAUUUUUACAACAAAAUUUUGAAGAUGUCCUCCUAUAUCUUAAUUCAAUAAAAUCAUUUUUUACCGAAGAUAUUAUAUUUAAUUUUAAUUAUAGUCAAGCGCUAAUUGGUAAUCAUGAUUAUAAAGAAUGUGAAGAAUCAUUAAAAUAUAUCAAAGGUGAACUUACAGAAAGUUCAACAUACCAAUUUUGUAUGAUUAAAUGUUUAAUAAAUAAUGGAAAAAUAAAUGAGGCUGAUGAUUAUUUAAGAAGAUUAAAUAAAAAAAGUAGUUAUUAUGAAAAAAUUUUAUCACUUUUUGGAAAUGAAUGUUAUCGAACUGGACAGUAUCAUGCAGCAUUACCUGUUUUUAUAACAUUAAGAAAUAUUAAUGGUAACUCUGAAUUGACAUCUGCUGUCAGGGGAUGUUGUAUUGGAAUUGUAAAAAUGUAUAUUGAGGGAAAAAUUUCAAAGGAUGAAUUUUUAAAUUCACAUGAAAUAUUAUGUAAUGAGGAUGAUGUAAAAAGUAGACAUGCAUUGAAUGUUAUUGAUAAAUGGGCAGAAGAUAAUAAUAUAAAAUUAUUUUAA